AUGGACGUGAGCGUGGAAGAAACCGAGCUCGACGUCGGCUCGGCGAGCGACGAGCUGGAGUCGUCCGCCGCGGAGCCGAAGCUCGCGCGACGUCCGACACCGCGGCCCUUCACGAUCGAGAGCUUGAUCGGUAGCGCGCGCGAGGAUCACGAUACCGUCGGCGGCGGCGGCGGCGGCGGCGGCGUCAUGCGAGACGACCGGACGAACGGCAGCGAGGAGGAAGAGCACCGAGACCGGGAGUACCAGCUCUAUCAGAGGCACUACCUGGCGACCGCGGCGGCGAGCACGCUGCCCUCGGGUUUCGGCGUGCCGCUCGGAUUGUACAGCGCUUGGCUACCGAUGCGGAUGUACGGCGGCGGCGGCGCAUCCGGCGUCUCGAUGCUGCCGCCGCAGCAUCCGUCCGCCGGCUACCCGGCUCACCCGGAACUGCAUCAGAGCCGGCUGUCGCAGCCCUCCGCACCGCCGUCCAGCCAUCCGCAGGGAUACUAUCCACUGGACGGUUGCCGCCGUGUCACGAAUCAGCGUGCGCCGAGUAGCUUCACCGACAGCGAGGACGAGGACGGCAGCGUCGGUUCGCCGGCGUCGCCGGCUCACGAUCUUUCUAAAUCCCGGCACGGCUCUGAGAACGGCCGUGCAUCAGCCGAGAGCGACGAAGAGGGUGGCGGAGCCGCAGGUUCCGGCGAGGGUCACGACGUUUCCGACGGCGUCGUCAGCGGCGUCGGCAAUGCCGCCGCAAGUCCUAGCAGGCCUUUAGAGAACGGACAGAAUUCGUCAGCAUCGGGUGCCGGUGGCAACAAAGCUCGCCGGCGACGUACCGCGUUUACUUCGGAACAGCUGCUCGAGCUGGAGCGCGAAUUCCACGCCAAGAAGUACCUGAGCCUAACGGAGCGCUCGCACAUAGCGCACGCGUUGAAACUGUCGGAGGUGCAGGUGAAGAUCUGGUUCCAGAACCGACGUGCCAAAUGGAAACGGGUGAAGGCCGGGCUGAGCGGCGGCGGCGUCGGCGUCGGUUCGGCGGCGGCGGCGGCCAUGACGCCAUCCGGCGCUUCUGGCCGCCACAACGGUGUCACGGGGCAGCACGCUUCCGCUACCAGAAUCGUGGUGCCGAUACCGGUGCACGUGAGCCGUUUGGCGGUCAGGUCGCAUCACCAUCACCUGGAGAAGUGCGCGAGGGCGCCGCGCGCGAGACCGACGCCGCCCUCGGGCGAGGGUGGGUCCUCGGGAGCGGCGUCGGUGCUGGGCGAUGCCCUGGGACUAGUGAAUACAUCAGUGAGUCUGACGGGUCAGGUGCAGCCGCCUCUGGGCGCCGGCAUGGGGGUGGAGAUCGGGGUCGGGGGUGGUCUGAGGGCCUUCGCGGUGCCGGCGCAUCGAGCCGGUCUCGGCUCCUCCGGGAGGUAG